CAGAUAACGCACCACGCAAACAAAAUGAAAGUUUUAGCCUUCUUCAUUCUCGCUUUGGCUUUGGCCGCUCCAGCCUUCGGCAAAACUUUCACCCGUUGCUCCUUGGCUGUUGAGCUGUACAACUUAGGUGUACCAAAGGAUCAAUUGGCGCGCUGGACUUGCAUUGCAGAACACGAGAGCUCCUAUCGCACCGGUGUUACAGGCCCAACCAACUCCAACGGUUCCAACGAUUACGGUAUCUUCCAAAUCAACAACUACUACUGGUGCCAGCCUGCCAACGGUCGUUUCUCCUACAAUGAAUGUAAUUUGAGCUGCGAUGCUCUGUUGGCCGAUAACAUUACCGACUCUGUGCGCUGCGCACGCAAGAUCCAAGGACAACAGGGUUGGACUGCAUGGGCCACCUGGAAGUACUGCAAUGGUACACUGCCCAGCAUUGACUCAUGCUUUUAAGUUUUC